AUGAUACUUCGUACUAAAAGUCGUCAAAAGCUACGUCGCUCAUACUUUCUAUCACUUGCACCCGAAACUUUUCUUCACAUAUGUACAUACCUUUCACCAGUGGACCUUCUUUCACUUUCAAAAGUUUGUAAACAAUUUUAUAAUGACCUUAGUAUCGGUGAAUCAUCAUCAACAGUUCAGAAAAUUUGGCAACAAUCAAGACUUAAAUUCAUGCCGUAUAGGACUUUAGGACCACCAAAAGGAACGAAUGAACGAGAUUAUAUUAGACUCUUGGUUGAAGAAAAAUGUUUAUUUUGUGGUAAGAAAAGUAGAACAUCAAAGAUUUAUUGGGAUAUUGGUGUUCGUGCAUGUAUAUCAUGUUUUAAAAUACGAACUAUCACAGGAUUUCAAUUAUUCUGUUCCGAUCCUGCAGCAUGCAAAAUCCUUAAAUUCAUUCCAUACACAAAGAUUAAAAAUGGUACCAAAACCUAUUGGAAGGUUUUAAUUGAUUCUAAAGUCAAUGAAUACAAUUCACUUUUUGAUAAUGAUCGUGCUGAAUGGUUAUCUCAACAAUCUAAACAAACCGAUGAAAUUGAGUACGAACUAGCUUCAAGAUGGCAUGAAGAUUUUAAAGCGAAUCGAUAUGCGGAUAAAGAUAAGGCUAAAUUGAAAUAA